AUGUCGAACCAGCAAGUGGGUGUGGUCUUUGAGAAGGUCAUCCAGGAGGUCUGUGACUCCUCCCAGGUUGAUUUCGAAGAAAGCGGCGUCGAUCAACAGACCCUGCACGAUCUGCGAGAGACCUGGCAAAAGAAGCUCUCUUCCGUCAACGUCGCUCACUUCCCCUGGGACCCUGCCCCAGUGCAGCCUACCCAGAACGCCAUCCACCCUCCUGCUACUGUCCCCUCCAAUGCCCCUCGACCUCCACCCCAGCAACAACAACAAUACAUCCCCCCUCCCGUCUCAAUUCCUCAACAUGCCCCCGUGCAGAUGCAAGCUCCCAUGGCCAUGGGUGGACCUCGCAUCAAGACUGAACCAGGGUCCAACGGUCAACCACCAAUGCCUCAGAUGGCGCCUCAGAUGACACCUCAGAUGCCCCCGCACGGUAUGAACCCUCAGUCAGCCCGCGACCGUGCUGCGACUGCUCUCCAGCAGAGAUACGGUGCUGCUGCCGCGUCCUCCGUCAGCCAAAUGCAAGCGCAGGCCCAGGCUGGACAAGGAUACCCUCAGAUGCAUCCUAAUGCCCACGGGCAAAUGCCACACAUCAAACAAGAACAUGGGUAUCCCCCCAUGGGAGGGCAGACGGAUGGUGGAGAUGAUCCUCUGACCGACUGGAAAGCUGAAGUCGCACGUCGCAGGGCAGCCGCCCAGAGCGGACAGGGUGACCACUUGUUGCGCGAGUACAUCAAACAACGUAUGAGCGAGUACGAGGGAGGAGGUCUCAUGCGUCCUCUCGACGAGCACGAAUCAUCUUCCAAGGUGUCCCGACGUGCAGUUAUCUCGCUCGGCCAAGGUGCCGGGGUUUCCUCGGCUCCCCGGCUCCCCGGCCAGGUUGAUGGCGCUGACGGCGACGUCAAAGAAGAAGAUGAGGACGCAAUCAACUCUGACCUCGAUGACCCGGAUGACCUUGUGGCUGAUGACCACGAUGCCGACGAGUCAGAAGGUCAAGUCAUGCUUUGCACAUACGACAAGGUCCAGCGCGUCAAGAACAAGUGGAAGUGCACCCUGAAGGAUGGUAUCCUGACCAGCGGUGGAAAGGAAUACGUCUUCCACAAGGGUCAAGGCGAGUUCGAAUGGUAG